AUGAGUCAAGGUCAUUUGGAGAACUUUGAAGGACCCUUUGUUACUAAAGGUAUAACCGUGGCUGGUAUUGGAUUUGCUAUUUACAGCGGUCUUUAUUCCUAUAUGGGGUGGGACUCCUUAAAUUUUGGCUAUGAGGAAAUAAAAAGAGCAGAAAAAAUCGUUCCCGUAGCAAUAACUGUUGGUUUGGGUAUAUCAGUGUUUGUCUAUUUGCUGGCUAAUGUUGCAUACCAUGCAGUUCUGAGCAACAAUGAAAUUCUCUCUGGCAUUGCAGUUGGUGUGUUAAAACAUUCAUCAAAUGUUUAUGGUUUCGUCUCGUUAUUCUUUCAUUCUUUCAUUCUUUCAUUCUUUCGUUCUUUCUUUGCCAUUUUCUUGUUUUUCGUUCUUUCUUUCUGCUUUCUCUCUUUUUCCUAUUUUCCUUGCUUUCAAUCUUUCGAAUUCUCUUAUCUUCUCGCAUGUUCUUUCUUUCUUUCUUUGACAUUUUCAUGCUUUCUCUUUCCUUCCCUUUUUCGUUCCUUUUUUUUUUCUGCUUUCUCUCAUUUUCUCGUUUUCUUUGCUUCCACUCUUUCGAAUGUUCUGGCAUUUCUUUUGUUUUUGCUUUUUCUUCCCUACUUUCGCAUUUUCUUUUUCUCAUGUUCUUCAUUUUCUUUCUUUCUUUCUUGUCUUCUGUCUCUUUUUUUCCUAUUUUCCUUACUUUCAAUCUUUCUUUUUUUUUGUUCUCUUAUGUUUUCUUUCUUUUUCAUCUUCCUCUUUCAUUAUCAUUGUAUUUUCCACUUCUUUUUGUUUUCACGCUUUCUCUCUCUCUUUCUUUAUCUAUCUAUCUAUCUAUCUAUCUAUCUAUCUAUCUAUCUAUCUAUCUAUCUAUCUAUCUACAUAUAUAUAUAUAUAUAUAUAUAUGUGUUUGGCGAACGCAAACUUGGAUACAUGAAAUGGUUCGUUUUGCCUUGUGUCGCACUUUCUGCAUCGGGAAUUUUAAAUGUCGUUUUAUUUAAAUGCAGUCGGGCAAUGUAUACAGCCGGCCGAUGUCAGUUAUUGCCGCGAUUUUUGUCUAUGAUACACAUUAAAAGAAAAACUCCGAUCCCAGCAUUGUUACUUACUGCUUUGUUCGCAUCGGCUGUCAUUUGGUCAAAUGACAUCCAAGCAGUCGUCAGCACUUAUACACAGAUCAAUAACAUCGGCUACAUGUUGACAAUUAGUGGACUUUUCCGUCUGAGAAAGUUACCCAAAUAUAGAGACAAUAAUGAAUUAAGGGUGCACACAAUUUUUCCUGUGACUUUCCUCGUGUUAGGAAUCCUUUUAUUUUUUAUGUCACUGGUCGCCAGUCCGCUUAUGACAUUCGUCGCCAUCGGAACAAUAUUUAUUGGUCUACCGAUCUAUUACAUCUUCCACGAACGACAAUUUCGAUGGGAAUGCUUAACUCGUAUUAACGAUAAAUUGGUGCGCAUAUGUCGUUUCGGAUUGUUAUGUGAAUAUAGUGAAAAAGAAGCACAAUGA